AUGUGUGCUAUCGGGGCACUCAUGGGACCUGAGCAAGACGUGGCAACUAUGCUUUCUGCCCAAGUUGAGGAGCUUGUGCAAGCGGACGAGCAAGGCUCCCUCGAUUGUCACAGACUGGAUCGAUAUGAAUACAUCAUGCCACCUUCAGAACAGACUAAGCGAACAUCUCACGCACAUCCCAUAUGGCUACUGCAAACGAAGCUACCCCUCAUUUGGUUUAGGGCGUUCUGUGGAAACCCUUAUGUCGUCACAGAUGCACUAAAGGAAUUUGGAUUUUUAGUAAACGCCUAUUGGGACAGAAUGUCCGACGUUCGGGCCGAUCCGCACUUCGAUAAACACCGGACAUCCCCCUACUCUGACUGGCAUUCAUGGUGUCAGUUUGAACUUACGAAGAGGCUCUUGCACUCCAUAUUCAUACUAAGUAAUUUGUUGACCGCUGCAUAUGGAGCUACGCCUGCUCUUUCAGCCUUCCAGGAUGGCGAUAUCGAGUUACCAUGUCAUGACAACCUCUGGAAUGCGCCAACCGAAGAGCUUUGGAAGGAAAGGAUUUCACUCUCGUUGUAUACCAGGCAGGUAAGCCUCAAAGUUGGUGUGACGCAGUUGAUGGGUGGCGCUCCAAAUGAUCUUUGGAAGAAUGGACCACACAUAUUCUGGUCUCCUUUUGCUGCGGUGGUGAUCAUGUAUGGUAUUUCUAUCCACCUGUGGCAUAAAUCGCAAAUAUUACUGCCCAUCAGUGCUUCGCCACCAUUUGAGCAGACUCAAGACCUGAAGUCUUUGAUCCUGGACGGAGCCGCGGAAGCACUGAGUAGGUGUCACGAGCAUAUUUUGAGAGCGCGAGAUGCGCAGUGUGUUCCUUGGACGGAUUCUGAGGGCCCGUUGUUAUUCAACUGCUGCUCGAUUCUGCGUCUAUGUCAUCUUCGAGCAGUUGCGGACGUUGGAAUUCUGGGCGUGGCACUAUUACAAACCAGCCCACCAGUCAUCACCCAAGCACUGCAUAACUUCAUCUCCACCCCUCCACAGCGGAACGCGAUCGUGGUCAAGGCUAUCAAUAAAACAUUGGAGGGGUUGGUGUUACCAUGCACGAUUGGUGGUAAUUAUUUAUCCAAAAAAACAGCUGCUUUGACUUGGAGCAUCGAAACUGCCAUUCUUUCCGGAACAGCUGUGAGUCUCACCAUUGGUCUCUUUCUCAUGCGAUGGGUGCAUUGGAUGGAAAUGCUUGUCAAAAAGCGUAUCGAGUUGGAGCAGUCGGAAGCCUUGCUCCUAAAUCACAUACGUAACCAUUGUCUCGAGCUUGAAAUAAUUGAAGCUGGGACAAUCUCUUUAGCUGCUGGUAUCGGAAAAUACUAUGCUACCUACUACGACGAUACAUGGGUUUGGAGGAUCACUCCGCGAAUCGCUACCGUAUUGCGAGAGAUGGGUAGCCUUUGCGAGAGUGAAACACGUAUUUCAUCGCCAUUAAACCAUGAUAUCGCUAUUAGUAAUACCCAAUUCACUGCAACCUGGAAAGUCGAGCUGGACUCUGGAAGUCUCAUUCCCAGGCUAGGCCAUUUGGACAAAGCAGAUGUAGGGACUUUUCUCUACAGAGCCAUGUCCUUGAGAUACUUCUGGAGAUGA